AGCCGUACACUGCGCAUGCUCCAGCCGCGGCGCCCCCGACUCCGCACUCGGCAGGAUUCGGGCAUUUCCGCCUCUUUGUUUUAAACUCCGCACGGCUUUUUUCUCCUCCUCUUGGGGGGGACCCAGAGGGAGCGGCGCCCCCUCCCCCUCCCGGCGAGCCCCCGCGUGCGCCCGCUCGCCCGCCGCCCGAGACGCAGACUUCACAAUGUAGCCCCGAUUCCAGGCUAUCAUUCACAGAAAAUGGAAAAGGAACAAGGGACAGAAAGAAGGUGCAGAAGCCAGCCAGAACUCAGAGUAAGGAGGGAUCAUCGCAUCCACUUGGUGGCCUGAAGCCUCCAUGCCACCGGGUGAGGAAGGACUCACAGACAUCCAGAGGAGAAGCCAAAGAUGUUGACCAGGAAGAUUAAACUCUGGGACAUAAACGCCCACAUCACUUGCCGCCUGUGCAGCGGCUACCUCAUUGACGCAACUACAGUGACUGAGUGUUUGCACACAUUCUGCAGGAGCUGCCUGGUGAAAUAUCUGGAGGAGAAUAAUACCUGCCCCACUUGCAGGAUCGUGAUCCAUCAGAGCCACCCACUACAGUAUAUUGGUCAUGACAGAACCAUGCAGGACAUUGUUUACAAGCUGGUGCCAGGCCUCCAGGAAGCGGAAAUGAGGAAACAGAGGGAAUUCUAUCACAAACUGGGCAUGGAGGUACCAGGUGACAUCAAGGGGGAGGCGUGCUCAGCAAAACAGCACUUAGAUCCCCGCAAUGGUGAAACCAAAGCAGACGACAGUUCCAAUAAAGAGACAGCAGAAGAGAAGCAGGAGGAGGACAACGAUUACCACAGGAGUGACGAGCAGGUGAGCAUCUGUCUGGAAUGCAAUAGCAGCAAACUACGGGGCCUGAAGCGGAAGUGGAUCCGAUGCUCAGCCCAAGCAACAGUGCUGCACCUGAAGAAAUUCAUCGCCAAGAAGCUCAAUCUCUCCUCCUUCAAUGAGCUGGACAUUUUAUGCAACGAAGAGAUCCUGGGCAAGGACCACACUCUCAAGUUCGUGGUUGUUACAAGGUGGAGAUUCAAGAAGGCACCCCUCCUGCUACACUACAGACCCAAGAUGGACUUGCUGUAAACCCAGCCAGACUCAGCCCACACCCAACGCUCUACACGGCAAAAAUGUGUCGUGGAAUGUUGCCUCUGGGUGCCAUGUGGACCAGAUUUCUGAAUAGAGAAUAUUUAUAACUUUUGUAUGAGAGAAUCCACUCCCAACAAGACACUACCAGCACGCGUUUACAGAGGAUGAAAACACUUCGCAGUUCGCUCGUCUCUGCUUCAGGUCUGCAGGCCAGAGAAUAAGUGAAAUGGUGGCACGUUCCCACACCGCGUCUGACAUCAGCGCCUCUGCUUGCUUUCCAGGCCUUGAGAAUCUGAGUUCGCUUUGGUUUAAUUCGUGGAUUAGGUUUCAUGAUAAGCCUCAAAAAUACUUGUACUUUCAUUAAGUCCUUCCUAAGUUAUUGAAAGUCUUUUCAUGGUAUAUAUUUAUGUUGCCUUUAGCUUCCUGAAGACUUAAGAGAUAUAUAAAAAUUUAAUUUAAAGCGUACCCAAAGAGGCUUGCAGUAAUACUAUUAUUUAAUUUCCCACCUUCUAGAGUACGGCAGAGGCCCAUUCCCAAGUUUAAGUCUUGUGCUGUGCAUCCUGGGAUGAUGGCCUGUGCUGGCUGGGCAAGGCAGGACCCUUCAUGACUCCCCAGUGUCAUGUGGCUACACUUCCGGCCCCCUCGGCAAGGCAAACGAGGUGAUCUGCCCGUGCAGCACUGGCUUCUUGAAAAGUUCUUGAAAUAAUUUUCCUUGGAAAGGCCAUCACUGAAGGUCCUGCCUUUCCCAUUUUGUUUUCUUUCUGCUGGCAAGAUGUGGUGGUGGCUGUGUGUCGCUAUCAGACAGCACAAGCCGUCCCGUGGGGAGACCUUGUACAGACACUUGGGAGGUGGCCUCUAGCCUCCAUGUUCCUGGUAGUGGGUAUUUCCAGGCUUGCCUUCCUGCUCAUGGGGUUAACAUGCAUUCUUUGGGUCCCUUUUUCAUGCAAGGUAACUGAGCAACCUGUUAAGCAGAGGUUGCUUUUUUGGUCACAGACAGGAUACUAUUUGGUAAUCUCCCCUUUCACAUGUAAUUUUUGUUGUUGUUGUUGGGUUAAAGAUUGAGAUGCCAGCAUGUCCAACUUUAUCCCCUAAGGGGUCUGAAGGCAAGACUACAGAGGAGGGUGCUGUCCUGGGGUCCCAGGGACCCCCUCAGUCUGGGUGCCCUCUGACCUCUCCCACUUCCUGCCCUUCCAGGCCCCAUGGGAACUGUAGGACCCUAUAAUCCUAGAAGUACCUCUGCUCUUGGUGGGCAGAUGAGGAUCUUAGUGUCCCUUAGGCCAGGCUUUCUGAGUCUUCGCCUUAGCAAUUGGAAUUUUUCCUGAAUUUGCUUUGAGAGUUGAGAUUGGAUUUAUCAACACCCACUUUUUCUUCUACUUCCUCUUUCACUUACACAGUGUCAGAAGCAGCGACUAGUGAGACCUAAUGUUACUAAGGAUAAAACAUCCAAAUUAACGGAAUCUUUAAUGUAUGCCCUUCUAAAAUAAAAGCAAGCUCUUUGUUUGGAAUUGAUCAAAAUUCACCUCUCUAUUUAAGCCCAGGACUGUUUGGAUCAUUCAGUUUCCUGAGUUUGCUAUUCAUCCAAAUCAUUUCUAGAGUUACUACACAAGGGUUUAUGCGUAAAUAUUACCUGUCUACCUCAGAACACAAGUGCUGCUGAAGCAUUCUGCAAGACCGUGUUCUCACAAUGCAGUUACGUUAGAAUUUAGGUAUUUUCCCAUGUGGUGAAAUUAAAGAAGAGUUCAACAGUUAGAAGCCUCCAAAUUAAAAUAAAGUUAAUUUACAGUUCAGAUCAAACUUAGUAUGGCUGUAUAAUCUCAUGAUAUAUAUUUGUAACUUUGUAGCCACUUUUAGAAUCACUUGACUUUGCUAUGGU